CUUCUGACGACUCCAGCAGCCCGUUAGCGCACAAAUCCAGGACCACCCGUUGCGGAGGAGCAGUGGCUCCCGCGUCCCUCUGCCGCCGCAGCCUAUCUGGGCAACCCGGCCAGCGCCCCCGCGGCCCCAGCCAUCAUGCACUCCAGCAGCGAAGAAGCCGCCUACCUCAACCACCCGGAGGAGCCGCUCAGUCCGGGAUCGCUGUACUCCAGGGGGGAGACCUAUGCCAUUGACCUGGAAGAUGGCAAAGCAGACGCCCUGACCGAGGACGACGUGUACUGCCGGUGCCUGUCCAAGACGCUGUGCUACACCUCCACGCCCGUCACCGUCGGCUUCUACGCGCCCUGCGGCCAGCGCCUGCACUCCAUGCUGGACAAGAUCACAGCCUGCAUGAACGAGGAGAGUGCUCGGCGAGAGCAGGAGGAGCUGAGGAAAUCCAACCAGAAGCCGCGGUCGGCUCACGGCUGGGGCCUGAUCGUGCUGCUGUGGUACCUGAUCUUCUACCGGCCCGUGAUCACCGAGUACAACCUGCGGCGCAAGAACCUGCGCUCCAUCUUCAUACGCUUCAGCGCCUGGCAGUAUGCCGGCAGCGACAAGCUGUGGGCAGGGCUGAUCACCACCCUCUGUGGCAGCAUCCGCAGCCACUUUGGCGCCCUGCCCUUGAGCUUCUACCAGGUGGUGGGGACCAGGCCCCAGUUUGCCUCGGGCUUCAGCCAGAAGGAGUGGUACCUGAAGGGCCAGACGUGCAUGAAGCUGUGGGGCUUGCUCUUCUUCCUGGUGUCGGGGAUCAGCCUGUUCUCCGUGGCCGCCUUUGUCCCAGGGAUACGGGAAAGCAAAGUGCUGAAGGUGGCCGGCGGCUCCUUCGCCACGCUCUCCGGGUCCGGAGCCGUGCUGACCGCCUUCAACGUCAUUAAAAACAUAGUGGUCACCCAGAAGCACAGGAUUGAGAAGCUGACGGACAGCAACAAGUUCAGCAGCCACCUGGGCUUCAUGAGCAAGGUGAAGAGGGAAAUCGAGUCGCUCACCGGCUUCAUGAACUUCAUGGAGAUCUACGAGAGGCGGAGGCUGCGGAUCGUGAUGGAGAUCACCUGCUUGGACACGUGCUGCCCGGAGAGGAUCACCGGGGUCCUGAACGCCAUGAACACCCUGCUCUCGGACACCAACGCGCCCUUCAUCUUCAUCCUGGUGGUGGACCCCAGCGUGAUCGUGCCGUGCUUGGAGCAGACGUCCUGCAUGAAGGGCAUCGCGGACAACGGGUACCUCUUCCUGAACCGCACGGUGACCUUGCCAUUCUCCGUCCCGUUCAUGGGCAUCAAGUCCAAGCUGCAGUGCCUCCACAGCGUCGUGCAGACGCGGGAAGACCUGAUGUACCAAAUCAUCACGCGCAACGUGGAAAGGGAAGUCAAGAAGGUGAGGUGGAGGGUGGAGAUGGUGGAGAGCGCCGAGCCCGCUGGCGAAACGGACCUGAGCCAGCUCGACGCGCAAGCGGUGCGCUACAUCCACGAAGCCUUCCACUGCGUGCACGACGACUCGGACUGCCUCCAUCGCUACAUCCCCGACAGCAUCACCCAGAUGCGGCGGAUCGUCAACACCGUGCCCAUCACCCUGCGGCUCAUGAUGCACCGCAGCAUCACGCGGCACACCAUCGCGCCCAGGGCCGUCGCCGCCUGGGUGGUGCUGGCCAACCAGUGGCCGUGCCGCUUGAGCUGGGUGUUGCAGUGCGUCGAGGACAAGGAGCAGCUCCAGCCCACGGAGGACUUCAGGCACCAGACCCUGUGGAGCGUCUUCACAGAGCACUGCGCCGAGCUGUACGCCAUGCACAAGGACAUCAAGAACAUCCUGGACCUGGACGCCGACCCCGAGCUUUUCCAGAAGUUCCUCUCCGGCGACUUCCCUUUCACUGUGCAGGAGGCCGACACCUUCCUGAGGAACACCGUCAACCUGGACCACUCCAUCAAGCACAAGCUGGCGCUCAUCCGCGCGCUGAACACCCUCGCCGUGGCCGCGAAGGAGCCGACCUUAGCUCGAGCCAGCUCCGUGUCCAGGGGCGUGCAGUGCUCCGCCACCCCCCUGCAGCAGGCGCGGGACUCCACGCAGCCCCCGGACGCGGCCCAGCAGCCCUAGGGCCUGGGCAGAGGCGGGCACUCGCUGUCCCGGCGCCUCCCCACGCACGGGCCUCAGGGCUCGGGGGCGUCCCGGCGCCCACACCGCCCAGCCCAGCUCGCGCCGCUGCUUUCCGGGGUCGCCCAUCGCGCCGCGGCCCGGGCGGAGCGGGGGGGCCGGACCAGGUCCGUGGUGUUAGCGGCACUGCAGCGGGGGGGGGGGCGGGGUGCAGUGCAGUGCCGAUGCAGUGCGGGGCGCGGGGCUCUCUAGCGCGGCACUGUCCCGCCGCGCCGCGCCGCGCCGCGCAAGUAUUAAAUGUCCCGUGGGAACUUC